UUUACAUGCUUAACUGAAAUACUUUGGAAGAGAUGCUACUGUUCAAAGGAAAACCGAGUCAAUUAAACAACUGCAUUUGAAAAGUGCCCAGAGUGUUUUCAAUUAAAAUGGCACUCCCGGUAUCUGGUUUUGCCAGGCAUAUGGGAUCAAUCAGGAAGUUUGUGCUGAUGUUUUCUUUGGGAAAUGCUGAUAGCUCGACGCAUGUGUAGCAGCUACAAGGAAUCUCAGUUACUCCAGCAGCACUUAUUUUUAAAAAACCCGCCCUCUCCUUUACUGCUUCAGUGUCAGAGUCAUAAGGACACUUAAAGUUUCAUCCUAUCAGGACCUGACUCCUCGUGCUGGUCUACUGAGAAAGUGCGGGUAUAAGAGACGAUAUCCAGAAGGAGGGGGAGAUUAUUUUGUCUGAAAUCUUUUUUUGCAGAAGGAUCUGUACAUAAAGCCUGAGGAGACUGAACGACAACUCUAAUCUGACACUUACCUGCUUUUAUUUCUGUUGGACAAUGCGGCAGGCUGCAACCCUCUCCUUACUGCUGUAUGCUGCCUGCUGUUUGGGCGUUUACGUCCCUUUCUCUUUCCAGAAGAGGCCUUUCUUGAGGAACACCUAUGAUCUGAAGGAACGCCGCAAUGCCUUGGACACAGGAACCAACCGAGUGCUCAAGUUGGGCGCCGUCUUCAAACGAAACGUGCGCAAGCUGAGGGAGAAGAGUGACAACCUGGACCUGGUCUUCCUCGUGGAUGAGUCUUCUAGUGUGGGCAACGCCAACUUCAUCAAUGAGCUGAAGUUCGUCAAGAAGCUGCUGUCGGACUUCCCAGUGGUGCCGUCUGCCACCCGGGUGGCGAUAGUGACCUUCUCCUCCAAGAACAAUGUGGUGCCCAGGGUCGACUACAUCUCUGCCCCGCAGUACCACCAGCACAAGUGUUCACUGCUCAAUGAGGAAAUCCCCGCCAUCAACUACCGGGGAGGAGGGACCUUCACAAAGGGAGCAUUCCAGCAAGCUGCACAAAUCCUGCGGCAUUCUCGCUGGAACUCCACCAAAGUGGUCUUCCUGAUCACGGAUGGGUACUCCAAUGGAGGAGACCCGAGGCCCAUCGCAGCAGCCUUGCGGGACCUGGGAGUGGAGAUCUUCACAUUGGGCAUCUGGCAGGGCAACAUUCGGGAGCUGCAGGACAUGGCGUCGCACCCCAAGGAGGAGCACUGCUACAUUCUACACAGCUUCGCCGAGUUUGAAAGUCUGGCUCGAAGGGCUCUCCAUGAAGAUCUCCCCUCUGGGAACUACAUCCAGGAAUCCCCAUCUCGCUGUUCAUUCCUCUGUGAGUUGGGCCAGGACUGCUGUGAUGUGAUGGCAAGCUGUAAGUGCGGCACCAACACAGGCCAGUAUGAAUGCAUCUGUGAGAAAGGCUAUUACGGGAAAGGCCUCCAGCACGAGUGUACAGCUUGCCCUCCUGGGACCUACAAGUUGGAAGGGAGGCCGGGGGGCAUUAGCACCUGCCUUAAAUGUCCCGGCGAGCACGAUACCUCCCUACCAGGAAGCACCUCCAUCGCGGACUGCGUCUGCAAGCAAGGGUACAGGCUUGUCGGGCAGGUGUGUCAAGUGGUCGAGUGCCCCAUGUUACAGCCACCUCCAAAUGGUUACUUCAUACAGAACACGUGUAAUAACCUAUACAAUUCUGCAUGUGGAAUACGGUGCCGGCUGGGCUUUGAUCUCGUGGGAAGCAGCAUCCGCCUGUGUCAAACUAAUGGCCUCUGGUCAGGUUCAGACCCCGAAUGCAGAGUUCGCACCUGCCCAAGACUACGUAAUCCUGAGCAUGGAUUUAUAAACUGCUCAACCCGUGAGACAUCCUACAAGACCAUCUGCCGUGUGACCUGUAAGAAGGGCUAUGUGUUGGAAGGGAGGUCAAAGCUGACUUGUUUGGCCAACAUGCUGUGGGAUGCGAGGGAACCAAAAUGCUCUGAAAUCCAUUGUCCAGCCAUACAAAAGACGGACGGUGUGAUAGCAAUCCCCCACCUCUGCAGGAAAGCUGCAGUCAAACCCGGGAGCAUGUGCCGUCUCACCUGUCGCCGUGGUUACAGGCUGUCAGGUGUCGGGGAAGGAGUGCAAUGCCUGAGUAAUGGCAAAUGGAGUCAGAAACUUCACAAAGCCAUUUGUCAAGAUAUCGAGCCACCCAAAAUCAGUUGCCCCAAGGAAGUCAAGGUUCAAACCUUAGAACAUCAGAAAACGGCAAAUGCCAUCUGGUUGAUACCAGAAGCAAAUGAUAAUUCCGAGGAUCAGGUAUUUUUACAAGUCACUCCUGCCGUGAUUCCACCCCACCUCUUCCCAAUUGGAGAAAUCACCAUCACUUACACGGCAACAGACAAAACUGGGAACAAAGCAAAUUGCUCCUUUAAUAUAAAGGUUAUUGAUGCCGAACCCCCUGUUAUUGACAGGUGUCGUUCACCGCCGCCCAUCCUGACGCAUGAGGAGACAUAUCCAGCCACCUGGGACGAACCGCAGUUUUCCGAUAAUUCAGGUGCUCCAUUAAAGAUUAAGAAGACCCAUUCGCUCGGAGAUCUCCUCCCUCGGGGAGAGACAAUUGUGCGUUACACUGCAACUGACCCUUCUGGCAAUGAGAGGACUUGUGAUAUCCACAUCAUCAUCAGAGAUACUGUAUGUGGAGUACCUUUCACUCCUUUGAAUGGAGGCUUCUCCUGUGCUGCAGAUGACUUGCGCGUGAAUUGCACAUUGUACUGCUCUGAUGGAUAUGGACUGGCUGACGAACCAAAUGAAAGUUACUAUUGUGCUCAUGAUGGCUUGUGGAUUCCAUCGUUUUCUUCUGCAAGGCCUGAUUGCUCCUCGAAACGCUUUGGGAACAUUGGCCACAAGAAAUUUGAGGUGCAAUACAAUGUCAACCGAUGUGAAGACUUUGGGCUGCUGAACAACUUUGCAAAGGUUUUCAACAACACUUUAGCUGAAAUGGUUCCAAUCCUGUGUGGCGACAAUAAUGACAUUCAAUGUGAAAUAGAGAACUUACCCAAAGUGCAGUGCCUGGAGUACAAUUACAAUUAUGAAAAUGGUUUCGCCAUCAUAGGGCCAGGAUUAUGGGGAGACAAUUACGAGCCAUUGAAUGAAAUGGAUUACACUUACGAUGAACCAGAAAAUUCCCAUCGAUUACAAAAGCGAGCAACCAAGCAGGAAUAUUUAACUGCACCUCCCAGGAUGUCACCUCUGAAGACAAAGAGACAAUCUAACAGGAAAAUUAGCUUCAAUGCUCAAGAAAUCGACCAGAAGAUCAAUCUGGUAUUUAACAUCAGUGCCAGCGUGGCACUGCCAGCAGAUCAAAAUGACACGGUGGAAUCUGUUAAUCAAAGGCGACUUCUUAGCACCUUGGAACGAGUGACCAGCCGAUUGAAAAGAGCAUUGGACCGAGAACCUCUUUAUCAGGUUUCCUUUGGGUCUGAACUGGCUCGAUCAAACAGCAGGUCACUGGAGAGCGACAAAGCAUCCUUAUUCUGCAGACCGGGCUCUGUGUUAAAGGAUCGCAUGUGUGUGAAUUGCCCGGUGGGGACCUUUUACUCUCUGGAGCACAUGGCUUGUGAGAGCUGCUGGAUCGGAUCUUAUCAGAAUCUGGAGGGACAACUGGAAUGUAAGAUGUGCCCCACUGGAACAUCGACUGAGUACAUGCACAGCAGGAGCACGGAUGAAUGCAAGGGUCAGUGUAAGCCUGGAACCUACUCUCCAAAUGGUCUGGAAACGUGUGAAUCAUGCCCAUUGGGAACCUUUCAGCCUGAUUAUAGUGCAAAGAGUUGUCUUCAGUGUCCUGAAAAAUUGACCACAGUGAAAAGAGGAGCCACUGAGGUUUCUGAAUGUGGAGUGCCGUGUGCUGCAGGUCACGUUUCCCGCUCUGGGAUAAUGCCAUGCUACCCUUGUCCCAGAGAUUACUAUCAACCCAACACAGGGAAGUCGUUCUGUCUAGCCUGUCCAUUCUACGGAACAACCACGGUCACUGGUACCACCUCCCACACCGACUGCUCUGGUUUCAAUUCUGGACAUAUACCAGAAACCGCCAGCCUACUAAUACCAACACCUCUGGAGAGCAGACCAAAAUCGAGAGUAAGCCAGGAGUUCAAUGAUUGUUUCCUGCACCCAUGUCAACAUAAUGGAAGCUGUGAAAGUAUUGGAUCUGGAUACGUUUGUGUGUGUCAGCCUGGAUUUACAGGUACCAACUGUGAAACAAAUAUCAACGAGUGUGCUUCAGACCCCUGCCAGAAUAAUGCAGCAUGCCAGGAUGGAAUUGGAAGGUUUGUGUGCUUGUGUCAGCCUGGUUUUAUGGGUCAAUUCUGUGAAGAAGAGCUGAAUGAAUGCAUCUCCCAACCAUGCCUCAAUGAAGGAAAAUGCAUUGAUGGGAUUAAUGCUUAUUAUUGCAAAUGCACUCAUGAGUUCAAAGGAGCCCAAUGUGAACUGGAUAUCAAUGAAUGCCUGAUGACACCAUGCCUCAACAAUGGCACAUGCCACAACGUGAUUGGUGGGUUUCAGUGUGCAUGCCGGCCAGGUUUCCGGGGUGACACAUGUGAGGUUAACAUCAAUGACUGCGCCAGCCUGCCUUGUCUGAAUGGAGGGUCCUGCAUUGAUGGUAUCAAUAACUUCAGAUGUCAGUGUCCUGCAGGCUACAGUGGUGUGGUCUGUGAAACCGACGUGAAUGAAUGCGAGUCCAAUCCAUGCUUGAACCAGGGGGUGUGUACCGACACACUGGCCUCAUUCAUCUGCAAGUGUCCACCCGGCUACAGUGGGACCCGAUGUGAAAUGGAGUUGCCCUCCAACUUUAACCUGGAUUUUGAUGUUUCGGGGAUCUAUGGCUAUGUUCUAUUGGAUAAUGUCUUGCCAACACUCAGUGCACUGACCUGUGCUUUCUGGAUGAAAUCUUCUGACACCACAAACUAUGGGACUCCGAUUUCUUAUGCCUUGGAUAAUGGCUGCGACAAUGCAUUCUUGCUAACGGAUUACAAUGGUUGGGUGUUUUAUGUCAACGGUAAGGAAAAAGUAACUGAUUGCCCAUCAGUCAAUGAUGGCAAUUGGCACCACAUCGCAGCCACGUGGAAUAGCACAGAUGGGGCAUGGAGAGUUUACAUAGAUGGGAAAGUCUCUGAUGGAGGCAAGGACCUUUCCACUGGGACAAGCAUUCCAGGUGGUGGAGCGCUGGUGCUCGGACAGGAGCAGGAUCUAAAAGGGGAAGGCUUCAACCCUGCUGAGUCUUUUGUGGGCUCAUUGAGCCAGUUAAAUAUUUGGGAUUAUGUUCUGACUCCAGAACAGAUAAAGUCGAUGGCCACUGCCUGCCCUGAAGACCUCACAAAGGGCAACGUAUUAGCUUGGCCUGAUUUUGUGGCAGGAAUUGUCGGCAGAGUGAAGAAGGAUUCCACAAGUGUUUUCUGUGCUGAUUGUCCUGUGCUUGAAGGAUCUCAACCAAGUCUUCAGGUGUCCAGUACUGAUUUGAAACCAGGGUCAAGGGUUGAAUUAUCUUGUGAACGCGGUUACCAUCUUAUUGGUGACAGUCUGCUGCAUUGUCGGAACUUGGGAGCAUGGAGCUAUCCAAUACCGUCCUGUGAAAGGAUUAACUGUGGCUUGCCUCCAGCCCUUGACAAUGGGAGCUUUACUGCUGAGGACUAUCUUUUUGGCAGUGCUGUGUCCUACCUGUGCAACAAUGGUUACUACCUGCUAGGAGAUUACAAGCUAUUCUGUACUGAUGAUGGAAACUGGUCCGGUGUCGUGCCUGUUUGCCUAGAUUUUGAUGAAUGUGCCCUUGGAUCAGACUGCGAUAAAAGAUCUGACUGCAUUAACACAAUUGGAUCCUACACCUGCACCUGCAGGCCACCAUACACCGGCCAUGGGAAAAAUUGCACUGAUCCAGUCCAGUGCAGAGACCCUGGGAGACCUGCUCACGGACUAGCCGAGGGUGCCGUGCACUUUUUAGGUAGUCAGGUGACUUUCUCUUGUGAAGAUGGCUACGAGUUGAAUGGAACUGCAAAUGUCACAUGUCUGGAAGACGGCCGGUGGAGUGACACAGUGCCACGCUGCCAAGCUCAAUCCUGUGGCAUGCCUGGUGUCCCAGCUAAUGGUACGACUGAAGGCACUGAUUUUACCUAUGGUAUGAAGGUGGUGUACAGUUGCAAUAAGGGAUAUGUGUUGUCUGGAACAGCAGAAAUCUCUUGUUUAGCCAAGGGUAGAUGGAGUCAUGCAACACCUACUUGUGAACCUCUGAUGUGCCCUACUCCACAGGAUGCAGACAAUGGAAGAUACAUCAUGAAUGGCUUUUCCUAUCUAUCCACCGUCACAUAUGUCUGCAACAGCGGAUAUCAGUUGCAUGGACCAGAUGUUUUAGUCUGCAAUGGCACUGGUCAAUGGAAUGGCACCUUCCCUGUGUGUGAGAUCAUAUCAUGUGGGCCUCCACCAUCGCUUCCUAGUGCUAAUGCUGUUGGAAGCAAUUUUACCUUUGGAAGCACCAUUGUCUACAGUUGCAAGAAAGGCUAUACUUUGCUCGGUGUGGAGACCAAGCAGUGCCUGGCUAGUGGAGAGUGGAGCCAAAGCACUGUGCAAUGUGUCCCCAUGUCAUGUGGCCCAGCCCCAAACAUUGACCACGCUUUUCCAGAAACGGGUCACCAGUUAUACGGAGACACGGCGAUCUACUACUGCACGGACGGGUACAGCAUCUCGGGCAACUCUUGGCUGCUCUGUGACUCCACAGGAACGUGGACCCCUCCAGAAGGCCAGGCCACGCCGUGCUGUGUGGCCGACUUCUGCAAGAAACCAACAUUUGCACCUCAUUUGAUUUUGGAGACGGUCGACAAAGAGAAAUACCAGGCGGGCUCGCAGGUGGUGUACAAGUGUGAGGAAGGCUUCAUGCUGAACACCUCCAUCGUCAUUGAAUGCACCCGCGGUGGCCUGUGGCUCCCCUCUCCCUUCAGUGUGCAGUGCAUCCCCGUGCGCUGCGGGAAACCGCCAGACAUUGAGCGAGGCCAAGUGAGCGGCACCAACUACAGCUUCGGUGCCAUCGUGGCCUACAGCUGCAGCAGGGGCUUUUAUGUCAAGGGCGACAAGAAGCGAGCGUGCCAGGCCGACGGAGAGUGGAAUGGCCGCCUGCCCAGCUGCCAGCCUGUGUCGUGCGGAGAACCGCCUCACCUAGUCAACGGACUUGUCCAAGUUAAGAAUGGCACGCUGUUUCAGAGCAAAGUCAGGUAUCAUUGUCGCAAUGGCUAUCGAUUGGUGGGGAGUCCCAUUCGUACCUGCCAAGGCAAUCGAAACUGGCACAGCGUAUCGUACCCUUCCUGCAUCGGCGUGGUCUGCGGGCCGCCUCCAGCUGUGAAACACGGACACUUCGUGGGCUCCGGGUUCAUCCUCGAUGCGCGGGUCGAGCUCCAAUGCGAGGAAGGGUAUGUGGUGUCUGGAAAAGCAACGAUUGCCUGUCGGGAGGACGGCCUGUGGGAUGCAAGCCAACGUCCUCAUUGCAUUCCGCUGCAGUGCCCCGAGCCAUCGUUGUUGGGACGGGACAGCAAUCUGCUCAUCCACCAGACCGACACGGGUGGAGUCGUCCUGCUGGAGUGUGCUGAGGGCCACGUCCUGGAAGGAGCGUCCAGCCUCAAGUGUCUGGAGUCGCAGCAGUGGAACGACUCCUUCCCUGUUUGCCAGCCCAUUAUCUGCGGCAAGCCUCCGGAACUUCAGUAUGGUGACGCCUUGUUUUCUGACCUUCACUUUGGCAGCACUGUCAACUACACCUGCACCGGUGGGUUUGUAUUGCAGGGGCAGCCGCUACUGACCUGCCGAGCCGACAAAACUUGGGGGGACGCCAUGCCGGAGUGCGUGCCGAUCGAGUGCGCUCAGCCGGAUUUGAUCGGGAACGGAAUCGUGGACAUCCAGGGGCUGACAUAUCUCAGCCACGCCGUGUACACUUGUAAGCCCGGCUUCCGUCUCAGAGGCAACGCUACCGUCACCUGCGGUGAGAACGGCGAAUGGCUGGGAGGACGGCCCGUCUGCCGGCCAGUAGAAUGCCCACCUCCCCGGGAAAUAAAGAAUGGAAGAGCCAACUUUGAGAAGUUGUACUACCGGGAAGCCGUGACAUAUGGGUGCAAUACAGGCUUUAAGCUGGAAGGCCAGGAAAGGCUGACUUGUUUGGAGACAGGCGAGUGGGACACAGAGGCACCCGUCUGCAAGCUUUUCAGAUGUGAACCACCUCAGCUUAUAGAGAACGGCUUUGUCGAGGGCUCUGACUACAGCUACGGUGCUCUCGUUUUCUACAGCUGCUUCCCUGGCUUCCAUUUGGUUGGCAAUCCCACGCACAUCUGUGAGGAAUCCGCCUGGUCCUCAAUGCCCCCACAUUGUGCACCUGUAGAUUGUGGGCUGCCUCCCCACAUAGAUUUCGGAGGGUACAUGGUCACCCGGAAUCAGGAUGGAGAUGUUCAUGGCGGAUCUGUAAACCACGCGGGUCCAAGUGACAAUGGGCAUGGCUCUGACAUCGCAACUAAUCUCCUCCCGUCAGACCCCGAUCCAAAGAAAAGUGUUCCCGCUUCUAGCUCUGAGCAUGUCCCACCUCCUAGGUCCAGCGACAACAAGCAAAUGUGGAAUAAUCCAAACGUAGACAUUCUGCAAAGCUCCGAGUUCAUGAGUGGAACAGUGAUUCAGUAUCACUGUUAUAACAGCUACGAGCUGGUAGGAUCCCAAGUCUUGGAAUGCCAAGAAGAUGGCACUUGGAAUGGGAGUGCACCCGCCUGUCUCCUGAUUGAGUGUCAGCUCCCUGUGAAACCGGAAAACGGUUAUGUUAAGUUUUCCAGCAACUUGCUUGGCAGCAGGAUAGAGUAUGGGUGUGAACUUGGCCAUGAGCUCGUUGGCUCGGCCACCAGGUACUGCAGCUUCAACAGCGAGUGGGGGGGCGAUCCUCCCACCUGUCAACCGGUCUCAUGUGGCCUUCCCAGCCAAAUCCAAAAUGCCGUCACAAGGGGUGACAACUACACUUACUCCAGCAUGAUAACUUAUGCCUGCAAAUCUGGGUUUUUACUGGUGGGGCAAAUGGAAAGGACUUGUCAGGGCAAUGGGAAAUGGAGCGGAGAAGUACCACAUGAUGAGGCACCUCAAUGCACCCCAAUCAACUGUGGUCCUCCAGAAGAUAUCUCCCAUGCAUUGAUUCGUGGGUCUAGCUUCAGCUUUGGGGACUCCGUGAAGUACGUAUGUUUUCUUGGAUAUGGACUGAUAGGCACUUCAGUCAGACAUUGUCUACAGAAUGGGUCAUGGAGCGGCAGUGUUCCAAAAUGUGAACUGUGCAAAUGUACACAACCGGACAUCCAAUCAAUCAUAUUAUGUUCAGAGGGCUACGUCAUGGAAUCAGAGGGAGAUGCACAGACAUGUUUGGAAGACGGCUCCUGGUCCACUCAUAGUAUUGCAUGCAAACGCCAGAGCUGUCCCCUGCCAUUCACCAGUCAGGCAAACGUCGUCUUCUCAGGAACAGUGUUUACAGUGAAUGAAAGUAUUGUCAUCUCCUGUGAAGAAGGAUACAGACUGUCAGGAGCCAACAUAUCUACCUGCCAGCUGAAUGGGUCGUGGAAUCCACCAAUUUCUGAUAUUCUGUGUUCCCCUGUAUCCUGUGAAGAACCACUUCCCCCAGUGCAUGGCUCAGUUAAAGGAACAAGCUAUCAAUAUAAAGCCAGCGCGACAUAUCAGUGUGACAUCGGCUAUGAGUUACAGGGCAACUUGGAGAGAUUCUGCCAGAAGGACGGGACAUGGAAUGGUACCCAGGUUUCCUGCAGGAGAGUCGUAUGUGAGCCAAGUCCAUUGGUAGAAAAUGCAUUGACCAUUGGAAUAGAAGACACAUACAUGAGCAACAUCAGCUUUGUUUGUAACUUUGGUUACCAUCUCAUUGGACUGCAGAACAUCACCUGCCUUGCUAACAGGACGUGGAGCCAACCUUUUCCCUACUGCGAGGCAAAGCAGUGCCCGGCUCCCCCCAACAUUCCUGAAGGUGUCAUCCUUCCAGAGGGCGUUUUCUAUGUCAACCACAAAGUGACCAUUGAGUGCCAGAAAGGUUAUCAACUACAUGGGAACUCGGUCAUGAUGUGUAGUCCUGACCUGACAUGGAGUCCAAUCACUGCCACCUGUGAGAAGAUAUCCUGUGGAGACCCAGUACAAAUCCCAAAUGGGUUUGUACGAGGUGUGCAACACCAUGUGGGAGAUGUAGCAACGUACUCCUGUUACAGUGGAUACAUGCUCGAUGGGGCCAGAACAUGUAGCUGCCUGCAGAACGGAUCUUGGAGCACUCCACCCAUUUGCCAAGCGGUUUGCAGGUUUCCUUGCCAGAAUGGAGGAAUUUGCAGAAGACCAAACGCCUGCAGCUGCCCAGAAGGAUGGAUGGGGCGACUCUGUGAAACACCAAUCUGCAUUCUGCCUUGUUUGAAUGGAGGCCUGUGUUCAGGACCAUACCAAUGUGAUUGCCCACAGGGAUGGACUGGCUCACGAUGUCAUCACGCGGUGUGUCAAACCCCCUGUUUAAACGGUGGCAGAUGCAUUCGACCAAACCGAUGUCAGUGUUUGCCGAUUUGGAGUGGCAGUGACUGUUCCAGGGGGAGAAAGUCUACCUACUUUUCCUUCUCCUAAAGGCAUAUCCUGCUAAGAAUCUACAUUAACCAAACUACUAUGAAACCAAACACCAGCGUACCAUUAACUAAACUGUCCAUUUAAUUGUUUGAAAUCCUGAUAUAUGUUGAUAUUUUGCUGUGAAACAAAGCUGUAUUUUUUCAUAGGGUAAUAUACUGUAAAUGUUUUAACUAAAUCGUAUAAUGCGGUAAGGCCUCAUUGACAAGUCAUGAUUUUGAGCUUUUUUUAUACCCGUGACUGCUUUAGCUGUCAGGCUGAGCUUCACGUAAAGAGGAUUUAUUUUAAGAAAGUGGCAGUUGUAAAAUUUUAAUUCUUGGUGUUUUCAUUGUUUUUAAAAUCAGAACAUUUCUGGCUUACCUGGCCUUUGCAAGUGCAGGUGCACCUAUACUCAACUUCGUUAUAUAUUCAGAACAAAACAUGAGCUAAUUUAGUCUACAAGUGGGUCUAGAUCUCACUAAACAAAUGACUGAAACUGCCCCAGUCUGUAUCUGUUUGAUAUGAAGUCAGUGAGCUCCAGACCCUGUAAUAGUAAGACCACAAGUAGCCAUUUUUAUUUUUUCUUAAUAUGUAUAUAUGGAUUCAGUAAGUGAACACAAUCCUGUAUGAACACCGUCUUUCAUGCAUCAUCAUUUAAUUCUACAAAUAAAAACAAUAAAGACAUAAUGUUGUGGUUUUGUUGCAAU